AUGGCCGCCACCAGAAGUAGACCGCGUCGCUCCCAUGCAUUGGGCGGCUGCCGCACCUGCCGACGACGUCAUGUCAAAUGUGACCAAAAACGACCCGCUUGCCUGACAUGUCGAGCAUUGGGGGUAACAUGCGAGGGAUUCUCAGACGAGGUCCGGUGGAUGUCAAGCAAGAAGCAGCCCAACACGCGGCAAGCAGCUGCAGCUGCAGGUGAAAAACCGGCGGAUGUAGACAAGCAGCAAUCGCCUAUUAGCACGCGGCGACAUCUUUAUACCGAACAAUCCAGGGUUUCAAUGAGUGCGGCUUUGGCUGCAGAUCUCCCGUCCGGAUCAAUUGACACGUCUCUAGCUGAGAUUGAUGCUCGUUCCAAGGACCAAAGACGGUCGACCAAUGGGGCUAUCGUGGUUGGGCCUUUUUCGGUUUUGGACAUGACUCCCGUGUCUUGCAGCGAGGCUCAUCCAAGGACAGCUGAUGGAGUCGAAGGAGUGGGGGAACAGGGACAUGUUCAGCCGGCAACACCACCUGUUAACGAUAUGCCACCGUUGGCACUCAGUCCUUCGUCCACGAUGAUUGAGUCCCUGGCACAGAUGGAUGACUUUCUGCACUGGUCCGACCUCUUUGAUCUCGGUCCGGAUCCGUUACACCUCACGCCGCAUCCAUUUCUCGAAUCCGUGGAUGGCUUUGAUUUUGCAAUGGCUUCAACAUUUGCACAGGAAGAUACAAUGGAACAUAAUGAUCCGAGACGGAUAAUGACGCCCCAGCAAUCCCCACUUGAUACCAGCUGGCCUCCGGCAGAUGUCAUGGCAGACGCUCCAUUCCUGCUAAAGCAUUUCCAAGACAAUGUGAUUGCACAAAUGAUGGCAAUGCCGCUGGGCGAAAAGUCCCCAUGGAAGAUCCUCAAUGUACCUGCUGCGGUACUGGCCUACAGCGAUUUGACUUUUCUACGAACGCAAAACAUCAGCCAUGCCCGGUUGACAAAUCUAUACUCCCUGCUUGCCUAUUCAGCAUAUCAUCUUGCGUCAAAUCCCGAUGUAAUUAACACAAAUUCGGUGGAGCAUUGGAAGAUGGUGACAGAGCAGGCGCAUCGGCAAGCCAAAGAUCAUAUGCAAAUGUCUCUGAAGCAUGAGAUUCACCAGCCGAAAAAAGCCAAAUACAAAGAUCAAUUGAUGGCUAUCUGUGGAAUGACCGCAUUUGCUAUACUUUGCGGGCAACAAAAAGACGCACGAUGCUAUAUGAUCGAUGCAGAGCGCUUACUGCGUCUCCGUGGCCUGUCCAAGCCGAAAAUAUCCCAGAAAGCCCGUCUGCUACACCAUAUCUAUACGUGGAUCCGGAUUGUCGGCGAAAGCACUUAUGUACUGCACGACUACAGCCCAUCAAGCUCAUUUAUCGAAUCAUUCAACCGUCAUUUUCGAACCGAUCAAAACACAGUCUCACAUCGCAAUCCACGCCUUGAUGAUUUUCUCCAUCUCCAGCCCCGACAAUCAGACAGCGACCUGGACAUCGACCAGCCAAAGGAUAACGAGGUUGCCCUACACGAUAUUCAUCUACAAGACUCACGGCAAUUCCCGGGAACACUGUACAAUCAGAUCUACGGCAUUCCAGAGACAUGGCUCAGUCUAGUCUCGCAAACGACGCGAAUGGCCAAUGUACUGGAUUCAUUACGAAUCGCUCGACGCACACACAAGAACCUCAGCGCGGAAGCAUGGGACACCAUCCACCGCCGACGGAUCAGACUCGAGAACAUGGUCUGCUCAUUUGACCUGAAUCAUGCGCGAGAUACCAAUGGCGACGGCAGCCCAAACAGUUACAUGUUACGAGCCCUAAGCUCUGCGCUGGUCAUCUUCUUCCACCGACGCAUUCGUCAAGUACAUCCUGCUAUGCUGCAAGGUCAUGUAGAUAGUAUUAUUACAUCAUUGGAAAACUUUGAUAAUGCCUUGGAGCAGUGUCAGAAUCCAGGGCCUGGGACGGCAUGGCCGGCGUUUAUAGCAGGGUGUGAAGCUGUCACGGCCUCACGGCGGGAAGCGAUACUGAGAUGGGUUGAAAAGGGCCACGCACAAUGCGGAUUUAUUGCAUUUACAAGAGCGAGGGAGGUAAUUCUGGAGGUGUGGAAGAGACAAGAUGAGCAUUUGGCAGCUCGUAGAGGAGAUGAUAUUCCUACAUGGGUGGAGGUAGCCAAGGAAUGGCAAUUGUGGCCGAUAUUCUGUUAA